AUGAAGGCUGAUUUUGCCGGCCCGAACCGAAGGCUCAACUGCUUGUCCCGGGAGCAAGCUGCUGAUCGCAUUCACAAGUUCCUCUCUGCGACCCAGGAUUGGAUGCUGUCGCAGGUGCUUGUUUUCGCGGCUGAGGCAGAUGAGGCCGGACAGACAAAUGCCGCUGAAGGGCUGGAGAAGUUCCUGCUGAGCAGAUUACAUGCCCGCCUUUUCGCCAUGGAGCCAUCGGACCUGACGGAGGACGAGACGUUGAGGCAGAGGAUUGACAGCUUUAGUUGGGUGGGCUUUGACAACCUGGGCGUUCCACCGGUGGACACUUCCCUCUUACACCUGGCAGUGGAGCAGCUGCACAGUAUGGACAAGUUCAAGGCGCCACGGGACAAGAUGGUUUGCAUCGGGAAUUCCUGCCGCGUGAUCAACGACGUGCUGAAGCGUGCUAUUGUGGCAAGCGGUGCCAGCCGGCCGCUUUCAGCUGAUGACUUCCUGCCCUUGCUGAUCUACUCCCUGAUUUUGGCCAAUCCUCCACGUCUCCAUUCGAAUAUCGAGUUCGUGGCAGCUUUCAGGCAUCCUUCCCGACUUGUCGCAGAGGACGCGUAUUUUCUCACAGCAGUGCAGUCAGCUGUGGCCUUCAUCAAGGAUGCCGGACACAAGGUUCUGGACGUCUCAGAGGAAGAGUUCAACCAGUUAUGCGGUGAGUCCCUUGCCGCCAAAGGCUAUGCGGCGAAUGGCACAUCAACCCCACAGGAAGCAGCCACUGCAGCCGAAAAGGGCGCAGAGCUCACCGAGGAUGCCAAGAAAAGUUUGGCAGAGCGAUUUGCUUCUGUCGCCUUGA